AUGGCUCACCACCAAAUGCCCAACAUGUUCCGGAAUUUUUUUGCUUCUGCGGUGCUGCUUCUCUUAUUUGUGCUGAUAUGCUGCGGCACCUGUGAAGCCACGAGGGGUACGCCAACUGGGUCGGGGAAUGAAAGUGAAGGUGGCAGCUUCAUGAGCGAGGGUUCGUCCCAGGAACGAAGUGAAGGUGGCAGCUCCAUGAGCGAGGGUUCGUCUCAGGAACGAAGUGAAGGUGGCAGCUCCAUGAGCGAGGGUUCGUCUCAGGAACGAAGUGAAGGUGGCAGCUCCAUGAGCGAGGGUUCGUCCCAGGAACGAAGUGGAGUUGGCAGCUUCAUGAGCGAGGGCUCGUCCAAGGAACGAAGUGAAGGUGGCAGCUUCAUGAGCGAGGGUUCGUCUCAGGAACGAAGUGGAGUUGACAGCUUCAUGAGCGAGGGUUCGUCUCAGGAACGAAGUGAAGGUGGCAGCUCCAUGAGCGAGGGUUCGUCUCAGGAACAAAGUGAAGGUGGCAGCUUCAUGAGCGAGGGUUCGUCUCAGGAACGAAGUGGAGUUGACAGCUUCAUGAGCGAGGGUUCGUCUCAGGAACGAAGUGAAGGUGGCAGCUCCAUGAGCGAGGGUUCGUCCCAGGAACGAAGUGAAGGUGGCAGCUCCAUGAGCGAGGGUUCGUCCCAGGAACGAAGUGGAGUUGGCAGCUUCAUGAGCGAGGGUUCGUCCCAGGAACGAAGUGGAGUUGGCAGCUCCAUGAGCGAGGGCUCGUCUCAGGAACGAAGUGGAGUUGGCAGCUCCAUGAGCGAGGGCUCGUCCAAGGAACGAAGUGAGGGUGGCAGCUCCAUGAGCGAGAGUUCGUCCAAGGAACGAAGUGGAGUUGGCAGCUCCAUGAGCGAGGGUUCGUCCCAGGAACAAAGUGAAGGUGGCGGCUGUAGGCAUAAAGGUGUGUCGCUUGUCAUUCUACUUCUUCUGGGAAUUUGGACUUUUGCGGUAGUUUAUUGA